AUGGAAACUCUUGAUAAGUUAAAGGCCAAACGCAAGAUAAUUCGUACUGCUUGUACAAAAUUGAUUAACAAGGUUUAUUUGUUAUUAGAAAGUUGUGAUAUUGAAAGCGAAAGUGAUCAAGAACAACUUUCGGAACAAUUAUCUAGUUUAGAAGCAAAACAAUUAGACCUCAAAAGCCUUAAUAGUGAAAUUGAGGAUUUAAUUUCUGAUAGUGCAUUGUUUGAUAUAGAAAUUCAAAGCUCUUUUGAAUAUGAAGAGCAAAUAAAUGAAGCUAAGUUCAAAAUCAAAAGUAAGAUCAAAAAGUUUAAAACUGAUCAACAACCUAUCCCACCACUUGCUGCUAAUGGUUCUAAUAUCCUGUUGGGGGCGGACUUCCUGUGUAAUGUUCUAAGGGGAGAAGCAAGAAAAAUAAAUAAAAACUUGUUCUUGCAGCCGACACUCUUUGGUGAUACUUUAAUUGGACAAAUCCCAGACUUGCAGAAAAGAAAACAUUCUUCCGUAUUUACUGUGUCUUGUGCUGUAGUGGAAACUGAUCUAAAGCGCUUGUGGGAGUUAGAUUCUUUCUUGCUCGAUGGGACUUCGGAAAAUAAAUCCAGGGAUAAUUUAGAUGAUUUCGGAAAAGAGCUUAAAAUAAAAAACGGACGAUAUGAAGCACCGUUGCAAUGGAAAACAAACGAAAUUAAAGAAAAAUUAAGAAAUAAUUUUGACGUUGCGGAAAAGAGAUUCAUUGCUUUAGAGAAAAAAUUUAAUAAGGAUCAAGCGUUGUUUGAGAGGUAUAAUGCUGUUAUGCAAGAGCAAGUUAACGAAGGCAUAAUUCAGAUGUGUCAUGACGAAUGUUUUACUGGAUAUGUAAUGCCGCAUAGAGAGGUUUUCAGGGAGACUUCUUCCAGUACAAAAACUAGGAUAGUAUAUGAUGCCAGCAGUAAGCAAGGUAAUAAUAUUAGUUUAAAUGAAUGCCUUCUUUCAGGAGAAAAUUUAAAUCCUAACCUUAUUGAUGUUAUAUUAAAAUUUAGAGAGCAUAAAAUUGGAUUUUGUGGAGAUAUUGCUAGGGCCUUUUUACAAAUAGAAAUUGCGGAAUUGGAUAGGAACUACUUAUGUUUCUUGUAUUAUAAAAACUGUGAUAGAUCUCAACCAGUACCAAUGUAUCAUUUUAAUAGACAUUGUUUUGGUGUAACUUGCUCACCUUUCGUUUUGGCUGCAGCUAUUAAAACACAUAUCAAAGAAUACAGAGAUAAAUAUCCCCUUGCAUAUGAAAUGUUAAAUAAAUCAUUAUAUGUUGACGAUCUCUUUUGUGGAAGUUCCACUGUACAAGAUGCGUUAAAAUUGUCUUCCGAUGCUGUAUCGAUCUUGAAAGAUGCGAAAAUGAACAUGAGAAAAUUCGACACUAAUUCUAAAGAAUUAAAAAAUUUGUGGCGUAACUCUGAUUCCAUGAUUGAAAUUAAUGAACAGGCUGAUUCGCAUCUGAAAGUGUUAGGACUUGUUUGGAACAAUAUCGAUGAUACUUUGGGACUAGAUUUAAGAUCUUUGUUGUCAAACUUGAAUGACAACGAAUGCACAAAAAGAAAUGUGCUUCAUACUGCUGCAAAAUUGUUUGAUCCUUCUGGAUUUAUAUCUCCAUUCCUGAUUCGAAUAAAAUGCUCUUACAAGAAUUAUGGCAAGCUGGUGUUGGAUGGGAUGAAGUGUUUUCCGGACAAUUAA